ACGACACGGCGGCGGUGGCAGCGUCAGCAGGCACAGAGGACACAAGCAGAGCAGAUCCAGCAGUCACCAUCGUUUCUCUUUCUCACGCUACUAUGAUCUCCACUCGACAGACGAACAGUGCCUCUUGGUUUUCCUCGGGAGUGUAAACUUUGAAGCCUUCAGUAGUCAUGUCGCCACAUCUCCGCGGAUUUAAUAAGCGACACUGAGACAAGAAAGUAGCACAGCAAAACCACAAAGCAGUGCUCGGCUUUUUCUUGCCACGGUCGGAGGGGAAAGACGGCAUCCGGCCUGAAAAGAAGCUCCGAGGUCGGGGACUCCGGUCGGAGCAGCACACAUCGUCUCUGGCCUCCCCUGCCCGAGAGCUCCAUGGAAAAGAUGAAGCGGUUUAAGCGGCGUCUCUCCCAGACGCUACGAGGCAGCCACACUAUCGACGAGUCGCUGUCUGAGCUGGCCGAGCAGAUGACCAUUGAAGAGAAUGGCCUGAAGGACAGCGAGCCCAUAGUGAGGAACGGUCGUCCUCCCACAGCCCACAGUGUCCACUCCUUCCUUCACCAAUACACAGGCUCCUUUAAGAAGCCACCACUACGACGGCCACAGAGUGUUAUCGGUGGCGGCCUGGGGUCCCUCAUGGUCAUGCCCCGCAAUGGCAGUCGCCUCGACAUCGUCCAUGAGAAUCUCAAGAUGGGUUCAGAUGGGGAGAGUGACCAGGCGUCCGGGACGUCCUCCGAUGAGGUGCAGUCGCCCACGGGGGUAUGUCUGAGGAACCGGGGUAACCGGCGCAUCUCUGCAGAGGACUUGAACAAGCGUCUUUCACUGCCUGCUGACAUCCGAAUACCUGACGGUUACCUGGAGAAGCUGCAGCUGAGCAGCCCACCCUUUGACCAGCCUCUCAGCCGGCGCUCCCGCAGAGCCUCCCUGUCAGAAAUUGGAUUCGGGAAGCUGGAGACCUACAUUAAACUGGACAAAUUGGGGGAGGGCACGUACGCUACAGUAUUUAAAGGGAGGAGUAAGCUGACAGACAACCUGGUGGCUCUGAAGGAGAUCCGACUGGAGCACGAAGAGGGGGCACCAUGCACUGCUAUCAGAGAGGUGUCAUUAUUGAAGGACCUGAAGCACGCCAACAUCGUGACGCUGCAUGAUAUCGUCCACACAGACAAGUCUUUGACGCUGGUCUUUGAGUACCUGGACAAGGACCUCAAGCAGUACAUGGACGACUGCGGGAACAUCCUGAGCAUGCAGAACGUCAAGAUUUUCCUGUUCCAGAUCCUGCGAGGGUUGGCGUACUGUCACAGACGGAAAGUCCUGCACAGAGACUUGAAGCCCCAGAAUCUGCUCAUCAAUGACAGAGGAGAACUCAAACUGGCUGACUUUGGCUUGGCCAGAGCCAAGUCAGUCCCCACGAAGACAUACUCUAAUGAGGUGGUAACGCUUUGGUAUCGGCCCCCCGACGUGCUGCUGGGCUCCUCUGAGUACUCCACACAGAUAGACAUGUGGGGGGUGGGCUGUAUAUUCUAUGAGAUGGCUGCCGGCAGGCCCCUGUUCCCUGGCUCCACAGUGGAGGACGAGCUGCACCUCAUCUUCAGGCUGCUAGGCACACCCACAGAGGACAGCUGGCCUGGCAUCUCCUCUAUCGACGAGUUCAAGUCCUACAAAUUCCCCAAGUACAAGACCCAGCCCCUCAUUAACCAUGCACCCAGCCCUGUAAUCAUUGGAGAUGGAAAUGAACAAAUCUUUUUAAUGAGACCCAGGUUGGACACCGAUGGCAUCGACCUGCUGAUGUCAUUCCUAAAAUACGAGUCAAAAAAGAGGAUCUCAGCUGAUGAAUCAAUGCGACAGCCAUACUUCAGGAGCCUUGGGCCACGUGUGCACACACUGCCAGAGAGUGUAUCCAUAUUCACACUGAAGGAGGUCCAGCUGCAGAGAGAUCCUGGCUACCGGAACUCAUCGUACCCCGAGUCAGGCAAUGGGAAGAGCAGAAGACAAAGCAUGCUGUUUUAGAAUCUCUGAACUGUAUUUUUUUUUUUUUUUUUUUUUUUUUUGGUUUUUGAGAAGGAUCUCCUAGCUGUACAGUCUCACAGAUGGAUCAGUCCUUAUGAUUGAUGUUGGUGUGGGGUGCGGCACCCUCCACCGUUCCUCCUCAGCCUGCCUGGGGGUUCUUCUCCCAGUGGUUUGGUGUGACCCUGGCCCACAAGAGACAUUUAUAUACAUUUAUAUUUAUUGGGAAGAGAAUUUGCUGCUAAAUCCAACUACUGUCUAGAAUUCUAACUGGCUCAGUCACUUUAAUGAAAACAUGCAAUGUGUAUAGAUUUUGAAUUAUUUUUUGAAGUGGUGGUGUUUUUAGUGAUAUUUUUGUCAUUAUUUCCAUUUUCUUAGAUACAAAAAAGAAAACUCCACCAUGAAGCUCCUUAGUGUGUGAGGCAGACAUACGAAGAUGAAACAGAGGGAUGUUUCUGUAGCAGCUCUGAAGUUCUGAUUUCUGUCUCUGUUGCCAUGUUGCUGUUCUCAGCCAAUUUGUAAUUUGUGACCAUUUAUUUUUGAAGGGUUUUUAGGCCAGUUCUGAUAUAACAAAGGGUGAUAAGUUUAUCCUAACCAGAGGCUAAAUGGGAGCUCUAUUGCCAAGCUUGGUGACAACGGUUCACAUUCUCGUCAGUCACUGUUUUUAAAAAUGCUGGCAUAUCAUUCCAGGAUGCUGUGGUCCCUGUCAUGACCAAUGAACAAAAUCCAGGAGACAAAAAGAUGACAUGGGCAUUACAGAAUUAACUGAGAAAUUCUCCAGAAAAACUUAGAGACUCAACUUAUGGUGAACGGCCUCCUCUUCCUCGUUUCUUUUCCACUUCAAUCUCGCUCGUUAACCCCUCCAGUGUGUGUUACGAAGCAGAGGCGUGAGGUGAAUUCCCAUUGUCAGAAUUGGCAGUGCUGCCUGUGUGCAUUACAGCUGCAUUCUCCUUUCUGCCAUUCCCGUCUCCAUCAACUGUAAAAAUGGUUCCUCGUUUGGAUUUCCUCCAUCAUCGUGUUGCAUGCCUGCUCUGUUGUAUGGGGAAAGCACACAGGCACUGGACUCCUAUUCAGGGAGCGCUAGUUUUAGUCCUGUCCCUAGUGAAUAUGAUACCAAGUCACAGUCUAUUUAACAGUGUUACAAGAGAUGUUUUGUAUGAUAUUCUUUAACUUUAUUUGUGGAUAAUUGUUAUUGGUGUGGGAUUUCGUUGCAGAUGCCCUCCGAUAUUUGAGCUUGAUUUUUCAGAGAAAAGAAAUUAAAACUUUAAGUUUAAAAAA